AUGUCUUCCGCCGUAGCGGAGUUGGAGAACUUUCUCCAGUCCAUGCUGGCCUUGAAGCCACCUGGAGUAUCUGGAUCCAAGAUUCAGGGUAUCACCACCCUCUGCACAGCCAACGUUCAGAAUGAAUCUGUUCUCAUCCAAAAGAUUUUCACUCAUUUCAAGAAGGCCCCGGGCACCCACAAGUUGGGAGUACUCUACGUCGUAGACUCUGUAACCCGACAGUGGGUAGAAGCUGCUCGCAAGGCUGGACAGCCUCCUGGCACUGCCGCACCUGAUGGCACCUUCGCCGCGGGAGUUAAUCGAGUGACUGAACUCUUGCCUGUGCUGAUGACCGACAUCAUAAACAAUGCGCCCUACGAUCAAAAGGAGAAGAUCAAGAAACUUAUUGACAUUUGGGAACGUGGCCAAACAUUCCCCGCGCCGAUGCUCUCUUCUUUCCGAGAGAAGUUGAUCGCGCCCCCGCCAGUUGAAUCCACUACUCCAGAAGGAUCGCCUGCUCCAGGCUUUAAUCCUCUGGGUGGACAAGCCGUUCCAGCAAAUGGUUCAGCCGCUGCCCCAGACACCUCAAGCAUCUUGAAGGCGCUGGCGGACAUGGCCAAAGCUAACACUGGGGCCCCCACCCUUCCCCAGGCCUCGGCUCCUGUCCCUGCUGCUGGUUUGAACCAUCAAGCCCCCCAAGCCCAAGGCGCUGCCUUCAAUCUUACUCCCGACCCAUCCAUGGCCAACCCCUAUGGCGCACCUGGCGCCAUGGCCGCCAACCCGUUUGCUGCUAUGGGUGCCCUCAGCCAGAACCCGAUGGGUCAACCUCAAAGCCAGAGCAACACCCCUAAUCCGUUGACGUCCGCACAGAACCCGUUGGCCGCAAUGAUGCCCCAGGCUGGUACACCCGGUAUGCCCGAUGGCAAUGCCUUGGGUCAGCAACUCCAGCUCCUGCAGUUACUUGCUUCGCAGGGUAUUCCCCAAGACCAAUGGGGUGCGGCGAUACAGAUCUACAACAUGACCAACCAGAUGGGCUCUGCCAAUCCUGGCCAGAUGCCCACCAUCCCCGGCAUGCCCGGUAUGUCUGGUAUGCCUGGCAUGCCCGUUCCCGGUGCUCCCGCCUGGGGUGCACAGGGCCGUGACAACCGGGACAACGCCGAGCGUGAGCGCGACUACAAUCAUUCUCCUGCCGGAUAUCGCCGCCGUUCUCGUUCUCCUGGCUGGGACCGCGGACGCCGUACUGCCUCCCCGCCGCGCCGUCGUGACAGCCCUGUCUAUGGAGACUAUGGUGAUUCACCCGGACGUCGGGGCGAUGCCCGCGGCCGCCGUGGAAACGAGCCAUAUCGUCAACGCAGUCCUCCUGGCCGCAGACGCCGCUCCCCUACUCCUCCCCAAAAGGAUCCCAAUCUGCCACCCCCCGGUCCCAAGCUCAUUGAGUGGGACUACUCGAUUGGUCAGGGCAACAUGAAGGUACUCAGCCGAACUCUCUUCGUCGGUGGAGUCACUUCCACCGAAUCUCAGCUCCGGGAUCUGUUCGGCAAAUUUGGCAUCGUCCAGACUUGCAUUGUCAACAUUGACAAGCGCCAUGCUUUCAUCAAAAUGAUCAGUCGCCAGGACGCCGUUAGCGCCCGCGACGGAAUGGAGUCAUUCCGUACCGGUGAAAUGCAGCUCCGCACCCGCUGGGGUGUUGGCUUCGGUCCUCGCGACUGCAGCGACUAUCAAACCGGUGUUAGUAUCAUUCCAAUCGAGCGACUCACCGAGGCCGAUCGUAAGUGGAUGCUUACCGCGGAGUACGGUGGUACUAGUGGACGUGCUAUUGAGUCAGGAAUGGUCGUCGAAGAGCCCGAUAUCGAAAUCGGCGCCGGUGUCUCCUCUAAAGCCAUCAGUCGGCGUAUUGCCACCGACACGGGUGGUAAGCGUGGUCCUCAAUCGUCCCGUGGUGGCCAACCCACCACCGAGCGCUUCGGCGGCGGUGGUGGCGGUGGUGCUGGUGGUGGUCGCCGCCAGGAACGCGACGGCUUUGGUGGUGCCAACAGCGCUCCUUUGAAUGAGCGCGAAUAUUCGAACCAGGCGAACAAUCCCUCCGUCCCUCCUCCAGUCCCGGCAUACGGCUUCAACUUUGCAAGCAUGCCCAUGCUCCCGCCCGGCUUCAUGAUGGGCGGCCAAGCCGGCCAAAUGCCUGGUCAGCAGCCUCCGCCCCCAGGCCAAGGGAACUAA